AUGCCCUGGUCUUUUUUUAUUGUGUUCAAAUGGAAAGUAUAAACCAUUCUGUGCAGUUCACAUCUAUGCAGUCUUCAGUGACUGUGUUUGUUUUGGCACAGCAGCUCAUUCUGUAUAUAUGGGCUCUGCACAGUACUACUUGUCCUGUAUGCCAGGUAUAAUUCUCGGUAUCUGUUCUUAUUCUGUAUGUAUGGACUCUGCACAGUACUACUUAUCUUGUCCUGUAUGCUGGGUGUAAUUCUCAGUAUCUGUUAUUAUUCUGUAUGUAUGGACUCUGCACAGUACCACUUAUCUUGUUCUAUAUGCCGGGUGGAAUUCUCAGUAUCUGUUCUUAUUAUGUAUGUAUGGACUCUGCACAGUACUACUUAUCUUGUCCUGUAUGCUGGGUGUAAUUCUCGUAUCUGUUAUUAUUCUGUAUGUAUGGAUUCUGCACAGUACCACUUAUCUUGUUGUAUAUGCUGGGUGGAUUCUCAGUAUCUGUUCUUAUUAUGUAUGUAUGGACUCUGCACAGUACUACUUCUCCUGUCCUGUGUGCCAGGUAUAAUUCUCGGUAUCUGUUCUUAUUCUGUAUGUAUGGAUUCUGCACAGUCCCACUUCCCUUGUCCUGUAUGCUGGGUGUGAUUCUCAGUAUCUGUUCUUAUUCUGUAUGUAUGGACUCUGCACAGUCCCACUUAUCUUGUCCUGUAUGCUGGGUGUAAUUCUCGGUAUCUGUUAUUAUUCUGUAUGUAUGGACUCUGCAUAGUCCCGCUUCCCUUGUCCUG